AGAGUUUUGAGGUGACAGUCACCAAAGAAGGUGAGAUUUGUGGAUUUAAAAUUCACGGGCAAAAUGUUCCCUUUGAAGCAGUGGUGGUGGAUAAAUCCACUGGUGAGGGAAUAAUUCGCUCUAAGGAGAAACUUGACUGUGAACUGCAGAAGGACUACACGUUCACUAUCCAGGCCUAUGACUGUGGCAAGGGACCAGAUGGAGCAAAUGCCAAAAAAUCCCACAAAGCCACAGUCCAUAUCCAGGUGAAUGAUGUUAAUGAAUAUGCUCCUGUGUUCAAAGAGAAGUCCUACAAGGCCACAGUGAUUGAGGGCAAGAGGUAUGACAACAUCCUCAAAGUGGAAGCAGUGGAUGCAGAUUGCUCACCACAGUUCAGCCAGAUCUGCAGUUACGAGAUUGUAACUCCUGAUGUUCCUUUUGCUAUCGACAAGGAUGGUUACAUAAAAAACACAGAGAAGUUAAGCUAUGGUAAAGAACAUCAGUAUAAACUGACAGUAACAGCCUAUGACUGUGGGAAGAAAAGAGCUGCUGAGGAUGUGUUGGUUAAAAUUAGCAUUAAGCCUACAUGCAAGCCUGGCUGGCAAGGUUGGAGCAAAAGGAUAGAGUAUGAGCCUGGCACUGGCUCCUUGGCUCUGUUCCCUGGGAUGCAUUUGGAGACCUGUGAUGAGCCAAUAACCUCUGUUGAAGCAACGGUUGAACUAGAAACCAACCAUAUUGGUAAAGGCUGUGAUAGAGACACCUACUCUGAGAAAUCCAUCCACAGGCUCUGUGGUGCUGCUUCUGGCACAGCUGAGCUGCUUCCCCCUCCAAGCAGUGCUGCUAACUGGACUAUAGGACUUCCAACUGAUAAUGGACACGACAGUGACCAAGUCUUCGAGUUUAAUGGCACUCAAGCUGUGAAGGUUCCAGAUGGUGUUGUCACAGUCAAUCUGAAAGAGCCCUUCAUGAUUUCAGUCUGGAUGAGGCAUGGGCCUGGAACCAAAGAGAAGGAGACGAUCCUGUGCAAUUCAGACAAGACAGAUAUGAACCGACACCACUACACUCUGUACGUGCACAACUGUCGACUCGUCUUCCUCUUCCGCCAGGAGCCCUCGGAGGGCAAAACAUACAAACCUGCUGAAUUCCACUGGAAACUGAACCAGGUGUGUGACAAAGACUGGCAUCACUAUGUGGUCAACGUCGAGUUUCCUGCAGUGACUCUCUACGUGGAUGGUGUGUCCUAUGAUCCUUUCCCAGUGACUGAGGAUUACCCACUUCACCCUUCCAAGAUAGAGACACAGCUGGUGGUUGGAGCAUGUUGGCAAGAGUAUACAGGAAAUGAGAAUGACAAUGAAACUGUGCCCGAGACCUCUGCAGGUGGAGAACUCCGCAUGGCUCAGUUUUUCCGAGGCAACCUGGCAGGUUUGAUGAUUCGUUCUGGCAAACUGGAAAACAAGAAGGUGAUUGAUUGCCUGUACACCUGCAAAGAGGGGCUGGACUUGCAGAUGCCUGAUGGUGUGGGCAAAGGUGUGAAGAUCCACAUGAACCCAAGUCAGUCAACACUGACCAUAGAAGGGGAUGACAUUGACAGAGUUGACAAGGCCAUGCAGCACAUUUCCUACCUGAAUUCUCGCCAGUUCCCAACUCCUGGGAUCCGGAGGCUGAAAAUCACCACUGUGGUCAAGUGCUUCAGUGACGACGCCUGUGUCUCCAUCCCCUCAGUGGAGGGCUAUGUCAUGGUCCUGCAGCCAGAGGAGCCAAAAAUCAGCCUCAGUGGCAUCAACCACUUUGCUCGUUCUGCCUCCGAGUUUGAGAGUUCUGAGGGUGUUUCCCUGUUCCCUGAGCUUCGCAUCAUCAGCACCAUCACACGGGAGGUGGAGCCAGAGGGAGAUGGAGAUGAGGAUCCCACAGUGCAAGAGUCUUUGGUAUCUGAAGAGAUCAUGCAUAACCUGGAUACGUGUGAGGUGACAGUGCUGGGAGAGGAACUCAAUCAGGAGCAGGAAAGUCUGGAGAUCGACAUGACACGAUUGCAGCAGAAAGGCAUCGAGAUGAGCAGUUCCAACCUGGGCAUGAUAAUCACAGGGGUUGAUACCAUGGCUAAUUAUGAGGAGGUUCUGCACUUGAUACGCUACAGGAACUGGCACACAGUUUCUCUCUUUGACAGAAAGUUCAAGUUAGUCUGUUCAGAGCUCAACGGACGCUACGUCAGCAACGAGUUCAAAGUGGAGGUGAAUGUUAUCCACACUGCCAACCCGGUGGACCAUGCUAACCACAUAGCUGCACAGCCCCAGUUUGUUCACCCAGUGCAUCAUUCCUUUGUUGAUCUCUCUGGUCACAACUUGGCAAACCCUCAUCCCUUUUCAGUUGUUCCCAGCACAGCCACGGUUGUCAUUGUGGUCUGUGUGAGUUUCCUGGUGUUCAUGAUUAUCCUGGGGGUGUUCCGGAUCCGAGCUGCGCACCAGAGGACCAUGCGUGACCAGGACACUGGCAAGGAGAACGAGAUGGACUGGGAUGACUCUGCUUUGACCAUCACUGUGAACCCCAUGGAGACUUACGAGGACCAACACAGCAGUGAAGAGGAGGAGGAGGAGGAGGAAGAAGAAAGUGAAGAUGGAGAAGAAGAUGAUAUCACUAGUGCAGAGUCUGAAAGCAGUGAGGAGGAAGAGGGAGAGCAGGAGGAGGACCAACAGAAUGUUAAUAGACAGCAACAGCUGGAAUGGGAUGACUCUACCCUCACUUAUUGAUUCUAGCUGUUCCCUUUGUCUUUCUGUUCCCGCUCUAGAAGACUCCACUGUAACACACUCCAUUGCUCCCAAGGAUUCAUGGUGUUUGAAACAAAAAAAUUCAUUCUGGCCAGUAGAUUGAACCCCCACCAUCCUGUGUUUGUGUUCUGUCAGCUAGUCCCUGAUGUCCCUAGGGUUGUAGUUAGCACCUCUCCUUCAGCCAUGCCUCAGUGACUGGAUUUUUUUUACGCUCUGUGAGGAACCACCUUGCACUUUUUUCUUCAUGUCAUCUCAGCUAAGUGACUCUACAGCUCUGUAGCCAUUGCACAUGAAUUUCUGAACUGUCUUUUUUUGCUCAGUGAAACAAACUUGGCUUUGUUCCUUUUUCUCUUUCUAAAAAAGAUGCAAAGAUUGCUUGUUGACAAAGGGUAAAGCUGCUCAUUUCAGCCUGUUGGUUUCUUUUAAUUUCUUUUUUUUUUUUUCCCCAACUUAGUGCAUGUGUAAAGUGGCAGAAUGAGGUUAAUAUGUAGAAGAUUAACAAGACUUUUUAAUAUUUUGUAAAUAUAUUGGAAUUAUGUAAUUAUGUCAUUUGUGGUAGUGAAAACAGGGAUUGGGGUUUAAAAACAUGCUAAAGUGAAAAAUCAUGCAGCAUGAACUAUUACAAGUCUCAUCCUACUGCAGCAGGAGCACGGGCACAGUUCUUAGUGUAGAUGUUCAGUAACUCAGUGUCAUUGGCCUUGACUGCGAUGUGUGCUCAUGCCCCACUCUCCUUCCACUUCCUUCCUUGAAUCUCCUGGAUUUGCAGAGGGAACAGAGAAGCUUGUGAGACAUUGUAAAGGCUUUAGGAACCCAUGCAGAGGUUCAGCUGCCCUGU